AAGAGCAAAAAGAGUGGAAGGAGAACAGAAAAGGGGAGGGUGACAUAGUGAGUUGAGGGGACAUGGUCUUAGGCAAAGGACAGUUGAGUGUUGAUGAUGGCACAAUGACAAAAAACUUCACAGAGACCAAUCCGGCUGCCAACACUGCUCUUCCUAGCACCUCAACUCCUGAAACAGAACCUACGACAGAGAGACCCCAACAACCGGACCCCUCCGGUAUAGAGGUGGUUUCCGUGACGGAGGAAGACCUCCCCACUGUCGAGACCCCCAACACACUGAACAUCAGCCCCCUUGACAGCUUUGUCCAAUCAGAGAAACAAUCAACCAAACUUGGAGACCCACAACUUACAGCUAUACCUAGCCCCACCAUGCCGAUUACUAGGGUGCAGACAUUUAUCAACGAGGAUGACUUGGAUAAAAGCUGGAGGAGCAGACUGUUGGCCCAACGCUUGGAGCUGCUAAUCGCUUUGUGCUUCAUUGUGGUGGUCAUUCUUGCUCUUGCCAUUGGCCUUGGAGUGGGUCUAAGCUGUGUGGGGAAGUUUCAUUGUGGCUCAUCGGCUAAAUGCAUCAGACUGGCGAAGCAGUGUGAUGGAGAGGUGGACUGUGACAAUGGAGAGGAUGAGCUUGGCUGUGUGCGUCUGAGUGGAAGGAGCUCGGUCCUGCAGGUCCAGAGAGGGGGGGCAUGGAGGACAGUGUGCUCAGAGGGCUGGAACAACUGGCUGGGGAUGUCUGCUUGCAAGCAGCUGGGACAUUCCAGGUAUAUGGAGUCGUUCUUCGUGUCUCUGGCCUCCAUUGAGCAAGACCUUCAAUACAGCCUGGUGUCCAUCAACCUGAGCCAGUCACAGAUAAUUCAGCUGCAGAAUGCCACAACCUUGAGUAAGACUCAAUGCAGCUCCGGGAGGGUGACCACUGUGAAAUGUCUGGAGUGUGGUUCCAGACCCCAGUACAACACUCGUAUCGUUGGCGGUAACAUCUCCAAGCCGGGUCAGUUCCCCUGGCAGGUCAGCCUCCACCUCAACAGUAAACACGUGUGCGGAGGCUCCAUCAUAACGUCACGCUGGGUCCUCACUGCAGCACACUGUGUGUAUGGGUUCGCAUACCCUUCCAUGUGGGUGGUCCACGUGGGGCUGACGGAGCAGCCUACCCACGGGGCUCAGUCUCUGGCAGUGGAGCAGAUCAUAUACCAUACAGGCUAUGAGUCAGGAGAGGACUACGACGUUGCACUGAUGAAACUGGCCACGACACUGCCUUUUAAUGGCUUUGUGGCGCCCAUCUGCCUGCCAAACUUUGGGGAGGAAUUUGAGGAGGGCACUAUGUGCUGGAUCUCUGGAUGGGGAGCAACGGAGGAUGAAGGGGAGACUAGUGUGGUUCUGCGCUCGGCCGUGGUGCCCCUGCUCUCCACUAAGACCUGCAACCAGCCGCAGGUUUACCAGGGCCUCAUCUCCUCUUGGAUGAUCUGUGCAGGAUACCUAGAGGGAGGAACUGACUCCUGUCAGGGGGACAGUGGGGGUCCUCUGGCCUGUGAGGACUCGUCUGUAUGGAAGCUGGUUGGUGCGACCAGCUGGGGAAUCGGCUGUGCUCUGAGGAAUAAGCCAGGCGUUUACACGCGCAUCACACAGGCACUCAGCUGGAUCCGCCAGCAGAUGGAGAGAGAAGAGGCUCACAAUCGUUCAACCCUGAGCACAGACUACUGAAGCACCUGCUCAUCACUGUGCAUGGCUUAAAUGGUUCCAAAUGACAAAAGAACACGUUAGAUAAACCAUGACACGAGUCAGGUCAUGUUGAGGCAAAGCUGGUGGGGUUAAGAGACUGUGCACAGCAGAGAGUUAGGCAUCAUUUAUUCCAAAAUAGAAAGCUCUAAGGCAAAAGAGACAUGAGAAAAGUGAACAACGCUUCAUAAAAGCAAGACGGAUGCAAGUGGGGAGCGAAGAGCUCAGCGAGGGCCCAUCCAGUCACUGCAUGAAAUGAACCAUUUCAACUCAACUUUACAAGAUAGCGUUUCAGUAAUCCGCGCCUAUUGACAGACAAUUGUUGUAAAAUACAAUGUUACAGAUAUUCAAACAAGAGGCACCCCGAUUUUGUGAAGUAAUAAACAUUGAUUUCAAUCAUUUCCUACAUGUGUAUGUAGUGCAGGGGGACCAGAGACUGCAGUCAGUCCUUCAGGCAGGCAAUGAACAGGGAACUUGAACUGCCCUUUGUUUUAACAAAGUAAAACACGUGUACAUAAAUACGCUGGACACGUGCAACAAGUCCACUACUUCUUGUUGCUGGUUACUCAGACCCUUGUGAUUGUGUGAUUAGCAUAGUGUUCUGGAUUGUGCCAUUACUGUCAAAUGAUUAAAAGAUGCAUUGGAUACGCUAUGGAGCUCUAUUUAAAGACGUAACAUCACUGCAGUUAAGUUACUGCCAUGUUGCAGUAGUUUAGUGUCCUUUUGACCAAUUUCAAAAAGUGUCACUCAUUUGUGCUUCGUAGCAAGAAUUAUUUAAAAAAAGAACACAUGUAAGGCCAUGUUAUUAUUCUUCUAAAACCAAUUGAAAUAGCAAUUUAUCAGCAUUCAAUUCAUUUUUUUGUUUUUU